AUGGUCUGGUGCAAGACCUGGAGGUACAUCGGCUACAACGCCGACAUGGACGCCUCCCCGCUCCAAGCCGUGGAGGUGUACCUGCAGUGCCGGCACGGCCCGCGGUGGCUGAAGAAGUUGCCAGGGGCAUCGGGGCAGGGCGUCUACUUCACCAUCCAGUCGGUGCACAUGGCGUCCUUCACCAACGACGAGUGCAAGGUGUACGUGGAGAGCUCGUCGUCAACCGCGUGCGACCUCGCUGACGAACCUGCUGCCGGCGAGGGGCUGCCGCUCAAGUUCAAGACCUUCGUCCAGCGCGGCGACGGGCUGCAGGCGCUCUACUCCUUCGGCAACUUCUUCUUUCGCACCAGCGACCCCAACAACUUCUACUGA